GCCUGCGCCCAGCGCCCCUUCCUGGUGGUGGCGGCGGGGCCGGGGCCGGUACCGGGGCGAUGGCGGGGCCGGAGCCGGUGCUGGCGGCGGUGGCGGCGGGGCUGUGGGCUCGGGGAGCGGCGGGCGGAGAGGUGGCGGCGGCGCGUCCCGGGGCGCUGGAGGAGGAGAUCGUGUCGGAGAAGGCGGCGGAGGAGAGCCACCGGCAGGACAGCGCCAACCUGCUCGUCUUCAUCCUGCUGCUCACCCUCACCAUCCUCACCAUAUGGCUCUUCAAGCACCGCCGCGCCCGCUUCUUACACGAGACCGGACUCGCCAUGAUCUACGGGGUCCUGGUCGGCGUGGUCCUGCGCUACGGCAUCCACGUGCCCAGCGAUGUCAACAACGUGACGCUGAGCUGCCAAGUGCAGACCAGCCCUGCCACGCUGCUGGUGAACGUCAGCGGGAAGUACUACGAGUACACCCUGAAGGGGGAGAUCAGCGCCCAGGAGCUCAAUAACGUCCAGGACAAUGAGAUGCUGAGAAAGGUGACUUUUGAUCCUGAAGUGUUUUUCAACAUUUUGCUUCCUCCAAUUAUAUUUUAUGCAGGCUACAGCUUGAAACGGAGGCACUUCUUCAGAAACUUGGGAUCCAUCCUGGCAUACGCCUUCCUUGGCACUGCAAUUUCCUGCCUGGUGAUCGGCUCUGUCGUGUAUGGCUGCGUGGCGCUGAUGAAAGUCACUGGGCAGCUUGGGGGAGACUUCUACUUCACUGACUGCCUCCUAUUCGGUGCCAUCGUAUCAGCUACUGACCCAGUGACUGUUCUUGCCAUCUUCCAUGAACUCCAGGUUGAUGUUGAGCUGUAUGCCCUGCUCUUUGGCGAAAGCGUCCUCAAUGAUGCCGUUGCCAUAGUGCUGUCUUCUUCAAUUGUUGCAUACCAGCCAGCGGGUGACAACAGCCACACAUUCGAUGUCACAGCGAUGUUCAAGUCCAUCGGGAUCUUCCUGGGGAUAUUCAGUGGCUCUUUUGCAAUGGGAGCAGCUACCGGAGUUGUGACAGCUUUAGUCACCAAGUUCACCAAACUUCGGGAGUUCCCGUUGCUGGAGACUGGCUUGUUCUUCUUGAUGUCCUGGAGCACGUUCCUGCUGGCUGAAGCAUGUGGCUUUACAGGUGUGGUGGCUGUGCUCUUCUGCGGGAUCACACAGGCCCAUUACACCUAUAAUAACUUAUCUACAGAGUCCCAGCACAGGACUAAGCAGUUGUUUGAGCUGCUGAAUUUCUUGGCAGAAAACUUCAUCUUCUCCUACAUGGGACUCGCACUGUUCACCUUCCAGAACCACGUCUUUAACCCUACCUUCGUGGUGGGGGCUUUCCUUGCUAUCUUCCUAGGAAGAGCUGCCAAUAUUUACCCACUGUCAUUUUUACUGAAUUUGGGGAGAAGAAAUAAGAUUGGAACAAAUUUACAGCACAUGAUGAUGUUUGCUGGGCUGCGAGGAGCAAUGGCAUUCGCCUUGGCCAUCCGCGACACAGCCACGUACGCCCGGCAGAUGAUGUUCAGCACGACGCUCCUCAUCGUCUUCUUCACUGUGUGGGUCUUCGGCGGGGGCACCACAGCCAUGCUGUCCUGCCUGAAUAUCCGAGUCGGUGUGGAUGCGGAUCAGGAGAAUGUGGGUGUCCCGGAGAGCGAGAGGAGGAGUACGAAGGCAGAAAGCGCCUGGCUCUUCCGCAUGUGGUACAACUUCGAUCACAACUAUCUGAAGCCUCUGCUGACACACAGCGGGCCCCCGCUGACCACCACACUGCCAGGGUGCUGUGGGCCUAUUGCCCGGUGCCUGACGAGUCCACAGGCGUACGAAAAUCAGGAGCAGCUGAAGGACGAUGACUCUGACCUCAUUUUGAACGACGGGGACAUCAGUCUGACCUAUGGGGACUCCACUGUCAACACCGACUCUGUGACAUCCAGUGGCACGUCCCGGCGCUUCGUGGGCAACAGCUCUGAGGAUGCACUGGAUCGGGAGCUUGCUUUUGGGGACCAUGAACUCGUAAUCCGGGGAACGCGUCUGGUCCUUCCCAUGGACGAUUCAGAGCCACCAUCAAAUGUCCUGGAUAACGCAAGGCACGGUCCAGCAUAAGGUUGCUUGGUUUGAUUGACAGUAAUAUUUGCAUAUAUGAUCAAGAAAUAUGUACUACCUAAAGUCUAAUGCAUGUCUCGAAAUGUCUAAGCUGUAUAAAUAUUAUUUAUAUGGUGUCAGAAGAAUAUAAAUAUUCUCUGCCAAGCACUUGUAAAGAACAAGCUGCAAAUUUAAGUUAAAACUGUGUUGACUGCACUGUGUAGGGUGGAACUGUUUUAGCGUAAGAGUCUUUUGCACACAGUAAGCUUCAUUAAUGUGUGAUUUGACAAAGGGUUUAGUUCCCAGUGGGGUAAGUAAAGGAGCUGACUCCCUGUUCAUCCUUUGAGCUGGGGAGAGGAGGCUAGGGAGGUGAGCAGUGGAAAUUGCUUUCUAUUCAGAUGAGGAUUGUUACCUUUUGUUUUGGUUUCAGAUCUUUGGAUAGUCACGUUUGAUAUAUCAGCCAAAAAUCUGCCACAGACCCUCUCACCGGGCAGUAGCUGGUGAUAAACUUGUUAUAAACUUGUUCACUUUGUGGGAACCUGAGCUGGGAUGUGGAAACCUCCUGCCUUUUGGUGACCUGCUGCCCAAGCCCUGCUUUAUUUAGCAGGCGAAUGGCAGGCACUGGCCAAAGCUGGUAGCAAGGACUGUGGGUGCCUGGCUGCUCGGAUGGGAGCAGGAGGGAGGGAUGGUUUGUGCCUGUAGUCAUGUAUAGGAGAAGGAGCUGAUCCCACAGAAACUACACAGGUUUUAGGGCUGAGUCCAUCUUUCAGUUGGGGCUCAAGCAGCUUUCUAGAACCACCCAUCAAAUCCUCAACUGGCAACUCAAUUCCACGUUUUGGGAAGUGACCGUGUCGUUGUGUGCGCGAAUCUCUCCUCCUGCAGUCACAGAUGUAGCUGAGAUGUGCAGAGCUGCACCCGGGGCCGUGGAGCUCGGCCAACCUCAAACACAAGCUUUACAGCUACAGAUUGACACGGUACCUCCGGACCUCUCCAGAGGCAUUUACUGAGCAUCGAGGUGGUACUUGAAGGGGAGUUGCCCAUCCGUCCUCCUGUAGAGUCAAAAACCAUUGCACUUUGUGUCAUAACUCCUUAGCAUGCUGUGUGUCUGCAAUGCCCACCCCAUCUCGCUCGUGUCUCUUACUGUUUAAUGAGAAAUGUUUGCAAGUUGAUGUUUUUGGGUUUGAAUUUUCAUUUUAAUUCUUCUUUUCCAAGGAAGAGCACAGAACGAUUGGUGAUUUCACACUCGUGUUAAAGGAUUUGCUCUGUCAUUAUGGGAAUGGCUAAAGGUGCAGUGAAAUUGUUAACCUUGGCAUCCUUCUUUAUCUCCUGACAAGGGGGAAUCACAGCAAUUUCCUGUAUGUAAUUUUAUUGUCUCUUUUAGCUACAGUUUGGCUAUACCAACCAUUCAGGGUUACCGGUGCAUUACAGGCCUGUUCUGGAGUUCACCCUCUCCAGAGGGCUUCAACAGAGGUGUUUAAAAAAGAGAAUAUAUGGGAAAGAGCUGGGCGAGUGUGAGCACUCCCAUUAGCUUUCCUUGGAACAAACUGCAUCGCUCAGGAUGCGACCCUGAGACCUCACAGCAGUGUCCCCAUGGCUGUUUUCCCCAGCACCACCUGAGAGCUGGAGGAGACAGGAAAUUUCAAGUGUAUAUAUAUAAAGAGUUGAGAAUAGAAACUUACACUUUCUUUUUGCUUUUUCAUUUUCUCAGGUCUCAGUAACAUUGCCUUAAAAUUGACGGAUGUGAAACUGAAUUAUUUUGGCAGUUUAACCCCAAGAAAAUGCUUUCUUUUUCCUUCUGAACGAAACAUCUCAGUGUUGCCAUAGGACUCCUCUAAGAAGGGGGGAGGCUCUGUUGCUAUUUAGAUAGGGCAUCUUCCUUGCACCGGUAAGCGGCAGUCUCGCUGUUAACAUAGCUGUUGGAUUAGUGCUAGCCUCUUUGUUUCCUACUAUGCAGGAAUUCCAUAAAGUGUGCAUUUUCUAUGAUGUCUGUAACUUAACUUCAUGUGUUUAAAACAAAAAAACCCAAAAGUAAAAAAAAAUACAGUAGGUACCCAUUGCCUUUAGGUUUACUGCAUCACUUCGACAUCCUGUUUCUUGUUCGGUUUGCCUUUUCAAAGAGGUAUGAUAAAGAACUACCUCUUGUUUUUUCCUGUAGCAUCUGACUAUGAAUUCAAUUUACAAAGCUGGCGUUGGUGCAGGAUGGUUCUGCUCUGGUUCUGUGAACUCUUAUGGUCCACAGAACCAGGACUGUUGUGAAUAGUCCUGGUGAAGGAAUGAAUUUAAGCUGAAAUUCAGGAAUGAUUUAAUAAAUGACUUGGAUUCCUCCUCAGCUGGUUGUUUUCUUUGUUCUGCUGCAGCAGAGAACACACGAGUGCCUGGUUUUCAGAGGCACUGAUGGGUUGUGUGCUGCAGGUGAAGUUAAUGGUACCUUGAAGACCUUUUGCCAAAUAGAUAAGACAGCCCUGAGGAGGCAGUUUACAGCACCCACAAAGGUUUUGAGAAGGUGCCCUUCUGUAAAUUGAAUUUUCAUGGCUUUUUGCACAUGAAAAAGCAUUGUAGGUAAAGUUAUGAUUUGUCCUGGUACUGUCGAUGUGUGUGGUAAUGGCAUUAACUCUGUAGUUGUGGUGUUUGUGCAGCUGAUGUGUGAUAGCUGAUGAUCACUAUUGGACCUUCUGUUUACACUGACUAAAUCCCUUACUGUUGCGUUGUACUGUGAAAGAAGGAUUAUGGGCCUAUAAAAGAUUAUUAUUAUUUUUUUUUCUGGAA